UAGCAAUGCUGGCAGAGCUUCUCUAUCUCCAGCCUCCAGCUCAUGCUUCACACACUUUCUCUACACACACAUAUAUACACACACACUCACACACAUACACACACACACACACACACAGAGCUCCUCACCACUACAACCAUCCAGCAGCUCAGAGACAGCAGCAGCAGCAGCAGCUCUGCCAGCCUGAGAUCCUGCAGAGGGAAUUUCUGCAGGACUGACAGCAAGACAGACAGACAGACAGACAAGGGCAGGUGCAAAAGCAGGAGAGCUGAGAGCAGGAGGAGGAGGAGGAAUAGGAGGAGGAGCAGAAUUCUGACCCAGCAGAACGGAGAGCAGAGGAGAGGAGCCGCACACAGCUCCACACAGGAAUUCUAAAACAGCUGUCCGGCAGACGUCCCGCCUGCGAGAAGCGCACCCUCGAGAGCUCAGACUGAAAAAGACUGAGAGAAAGCCACAGAGAGAGAGAAGAGAGAGAGAGAGAAGACUGGACUACUCUACUUCACACUGAAGUCAUCUUUAAUUUGGGACAGUAGAUUUUACAGCAAUCAAGAGGACAAUAUACAUCUAAAGUAAUCUGAAGACGAUAAAUAAACAGGUGACGCUUUCUGUUGUUCAGACCAGAUCAUCCUCUCUAGGAUUGAAGAUUGAGGACAGCUUCUCUGCAGACCUAGAAUCACUAGGUCUUUGAGAAUGUAACUCCGAUCCUUUUCUGAGGAGAACUCAGAUCAGCGUUCAUCGUGCAACACAGGGUCUCAGUGUUCCAAAGCAUUUCCCCUUCCUUUUUUGUCAAGGAUUCACUUUUUUGGGACAGAUAUGCCAGCCAAAACACCCAUCUACCUAAAAUCCAACCACAGCAAGAAAGGGAAGAAAUGUCGCCUCAGAGACAUUCUGUCUCCAGACAUGAUCAGCCCUCCUCUAGGAGACUUCCGCCACACCAUUCACAUUGGGAAAGGGGGUGAGUGUGAUGCUUUCGGCGACAUGUCCUUCCUGCAGGGUAAAUUUGAGCUCCUUCCCGGGAAGGGUGGCAUGAUCCGAGCACCUUACGGCACCCAUGGCGAGUUUAUAAGAGCUAACAGCGCCUCAGAUGCCUCCUUCCCAGAGACUCCUUCACCAAUCCUGAAGAAUGCCAUUUCCCUCCCAACCAUUGGAGGAAGCCAAGCCAUCGCCCUGCCUCUUAUCUCCAGCACCAUCUUUCCCAUGAGCCGAGAUCCUCUGGAUGACCUGGCCGGGCCACCCACUCCUCCUGCCAGCUCAGAAGGAACAGAUGACCUGGAUAUUCUUCAAAUGGAGACACUUCUUCAGUCCAUCACCAUCUUCAGACGUGACCCCAGCCCCGUUCCAGAGGAGAUCAGUGAAAAACCCACAUUCUCAAUCAAUCUUGUGGAGAAACCCACAGCAAAGAAAACACCAAAUCAGAACAAUGUGCACAACGCUAAAAAGGAGAACAUUGAGAAGCCAUUCAUUUCGUUCUUCAUCAAUGGCAACAGCAAUGAAAACAGCAACAGCAAUGGAAUUGGCAGCUACAAAAACAACAGCAGCAGCAGCAGCUUCAGCAACGGCUACAAUCACAGCAAUGAUGACACGAUCUUUCAGUAUGAAAAAAAUCUGAGCAGCUUCAACGGAGACUGGGCGGACAGAGAUAGCGGUGUGGAAGAAGGACGCAUUUGUGACUUUGACUUUGAGCUCUCGAAAAGCAAAAGCGUUUCACAGGAUUCUGUAACCCAGGUCACUGGGUCUCUGCUCUCCCUUGAGCUGGACUUAGGCCCCUCCAUCCUGGAUGAGGUCCUCAAUAUUAUGAGUAAGCCAGAACCGUGAGCAGCGAUACUGAAAGAAGCAGAAAAGCAAAUGUGAGACUUGCCAGUCAGAUCAACACGUGUGGUGUGGUGUGCCAUAUGGGUGUUCUGUGUUGGAAAUGAACUCUGAAUGAAAUGAUCAGACCUUCUAUAUUUCUCUAAGUUUGCUUUUAUCCUCAGCUCAAGCUCGCUUUGCCUUGCUUUUACCCAAUGUUUGUUUCUCUUGUAGUGCAGGACAUGGGAGAUGCAUGCUUUAUCAAAUUAAGGCAAACUACACACCUGCCAUUGUGCCUUUUAUGUUGCUGUUAAAUCAAAUCAAGCAUUAAGACCAUUAAGAUGUUUGGUGUGCUUUAAAUACCAGGUGUAAAUAAAAAAGGUCCAUCUUAGUGUAAACUGUCAGCGUUCAAUAAUGCACAAUGUCAUAAGAUAAUCAAGGUAAUAAGAUUUCUCUAUGAGAUAUAUAUGUACAGCUGUGUGAAUUAUUCCAAAGCUUAGUCUGCAUCACAAAACUCCCUGUACAGAUAUAUUUAUACUGAUUGUUCAUUAACCAUGCUAAAAAAAGCAUCAAAAUAUUUACUUAUGUUUUUACUGUGUGAAGAUAAGGAUUAAAUAAAUGAGGAACUGAAUAAAUCAUUCUUUUUGAUA